UAUACUAAGACUAGCUUCUCUUGGCAACUCAAUUGCAACUGAUCUUGUUGAUACAUGAAUUGUGUACCAAGCAUUGGCAGAACAUGUAUUCUCCUCAUAAACUAUUCCUUCACAACAUGAGAGCCGAGAUGAGGCUGGUAAGUCCUUACGGCCGCAACAGCAUUCCACAACGCCGAGGCGUGGCAUCACUAACAACUACAUCCACAGCAUGCAACAGGCAGCUACUAAUCUACUCUAGCGCGCCGUUCAGCUAUUCGACAUCCCUGCCACCCAUGUGGUAUGCGUCCCACCUGAUGACUCGGCACUCUUUUCCUUCUGAAAACUGGUACGAAAUCCCAACAACAAAUUGGUCUAAUCUCCGGACAGGUUUUCCACUUAGAGACUAAAUGAGGGCCUGUGGCAGAUAUACAGAUGUGGAGUUGACCCCUAGCGUAGUCGAGUGAACUAGAUUCUUGCUGCCGAGAAAAGAUCUAGAGCUAUACAGGCGCAGGUCUAGCCGCUUGCCAUGCGUCACUAUGGGUGUCAGGGGCUCUACAACUAAGGCCAUUUGCUACAUGAAUCUAACCAAAGAGCUUCACAAUCGUCACCAAGUAGAUCAUAUAGGAUCUCGCGUAACAAGUUCCGCUCCGGGGAAUGAUAUGCACUCCACACAAUUGGAUUCUACCGGAUAAUUGCAUUUGUUAAAGGGUUUAUUCCUGAAAAGCCGGCAAGUACAUGUAGUCACUGGCUGCCGCUCGGUGAAUCCCGCUGUAACUGUACAAAAUUUCUCUCUGACCUUAUGGGUCUCGGUCUUUGACCUUGGUGUUCAUUUUUCUGCUUUUUCUAUUACAU